AACACCUUCACACCGCUACUUCAUUCUACUCCUUUCUCUUUUUCUGGUUGCCUCCUCUAAAUUCCUAUGAAUCAGACAAAUUUCCUGUGAAAUUAUUCUUCAAAAUUCCAAAAAGAUAAAACCUUUUCUCUGUUUUUCUUUCCACUUUUUCGGUUUUUAAGCAAUCCACAAAUGGCACUUUUUAAUCGAGGUCGCAGAUUUUUCAAGUUCAGGAUUCCAUGUUUUCUGAAAAAUUAGUAUAAACCCACAAAACCCUUUUGAAUUUUGACCUUAAAUUCUUGUAAUUUAGAAAAAAAUUCGUAUUUUAUCAUCUGGGUUCUUUGAAUUUUAUGGCUUUGAUUCAUAAAAUCAGUGCUAAUAGCUACAAUUACUCACCUUCAGUAGUAGAAAUGGCGAGAAAUUUGCUAAUAAUUAAUUAUUCGACGCUUUUCUGGUUGUGGUUGGGCGUUUUCUUCUUUGAAUUUCAUGAAGGAAAAACCCGGAUUUUCUAGUGUUUUCUCACUUUAUUUUUCUUAUUAAAAUUCCACUGAAAAUUAAUUAGAUACAUAUAUAAAUACUUAGCAAUUAAAAAUUAGUUAAAAUUGUUUGAUAUAUAAUCAUGUACAAUAUGAGAAUUAAGAUUCAAAGUGGAGGAGCAAAUUCUCAUAUGAAGUAUGUUGAAGUAGAUCCAUCUGGUCGUUAUGGACGUUUCAAAGACAUUCUUGGCAAAGGAGCCAUGAAGACUGUCUAUAGAGCAUUUGAUGAGGUGCUUGGAAUGGAGGUAGCAUGGAGCCAAGUGAUGCUGAAUGAUGUUCUUCGUUCUCCGGAUGAACUGCAACGACUCUACUCUGAAGUUCAUUUGCUGAAGAACCUUAAUCAUGAUUCUAUCAUACAAUUUUACAACUCGUGGAUAGAUAUUGAUCGGAGAACCUUCAACUUUAUAACUGAAAUGUUCACCUCCGGCACUUUGAGAGAAUAUAGGCAGAAGUAUCAGCAAGUUGAUAUUCGAGCUAUCAAGAAUUGGGCCCGUCAAAUCCUCUGUGGUCUCGUCUAUCUGCACAGUCAUGAUCCUCCGGUGAUACAUAGGGAUCUCAAAUGUGACAACAUUUUUGUCAACGGCCAUCUUGGACAGGUGAAGAUUGGUGAUUUGGGGUUAGCAGCGAUUCUUCGCUCAAAACAUGCCCACAGUGUUAUAGGGACUCCAGAAUUCAUGGCACCAGAACUAUAUGAGGAGAAAUAUAAUGAGCUUGUAGAUGUAUAUUCUUUUGGAAUGUGUGUCUUAGAGAUGCUCACUUCUGAAUAUCCCUACAGCGAAUGCUCAAACCCAGCCCAAAUCUACAAGAAGGUGACAUCGGGAAAGAAGCCUGAAGCUUUUUACCGCAUCCAAAAUAUUGAAGCCCAGCAGUUUGUUAGAAAAUGCUUGGAAACUGUUUCAAAGAGGUUAUCUGCUCAAGAGCUACUGUUGGAUCCAUUUCUGGCGCCUGAUGAGGAUCUCAUGCCAGUGCCGGAGCAACCUCUUCAAAUAUACUCCCCAAAGGGUGUUUUAGUCGAUAUGCCUUUUCUGCUUGAUAAACCUAUUAGGAGUACUGAAAUGACAAUCACUGGAACUGUGAAUCCAGAAGAUAGUACCCUUUUCCUCAAGGUGCAAAUCUCUGACAAAGAUGGUUCUGUAAGGUUUAUUCACUUCCCAUUUGACAUCAUUAAUGACACGGAAAUGGAAGUUGCUACUGAGAUGGUGAGGGAACUGGAUAUAACUGAUUGGGAGCCACAUGAGAUUGCUGAUAUGAUCGAGGAAGAGAUAUCCUCUUUAGUUCCAGGAUGGAAAGAUUUAGAUUCACCCAAAAGCCAGCAACAGCACAGUUUUGACUAUAACGAUGAUGAUGAAAAUGGCCCUCCCUUCCCGUCGUCUUGUUCACCUUCCCAUGGGUCUCCCAUUGGUUCCACCAAGUCAUGUGAAGUACUUUGCUCUCGUGAGAUUCCUUUGAACAUAAAUCAUGAUUGGCUUGAAGGACAUUUGGUUAAUGCUGAAGAUGCAUAUUCAGAAAGCUCAUGUAGCUCAAGCUCUUGCUCUGAUUUUGAGUACACUUCGCUGAAGAGUCCAGAAGCAAGGGAUGUCAUUUCGGAUUUGAAAGUAGAGGAGCAUUCUAGGUUUUGUCCUCGUGAAAGCACGACUUUCAAGCAUGAUGAUAAGUACAAUGGAUUAUCUGGUACUCUCAAGAGUAUGAGCUCAAGUGGGCAGAAGAAGUUUAGCAGGAUACGUUCGUUCAUGGACAUCCGUAGCCAGUUGCUGAAUCGGGCCUUGAUGCAGUCCCUGAACAAGCGUCGUGCAGCCAAGACUGUUGGUGCUGUGGAAAAUAUCGGGUUCCAUGAUCCUUGCUGACCUUUUCUAGGAGGGGGAUGCUUUAUGGUAUUUACUUGUGGUGUUUCCAUUUCCUAAAUACUUGAACUCCUUUGGAUAUUGUAAACUAUUGAGUGUAAUUUGCCGCGUCCAACCAAACGAGUAUACUCGUAUAUAAAUUUGGUUUGUUAUCUUUUAUGCGAGACUGCCCUUUACCUUGAAGAAAAUACAGAAAAUCUCAAAUAGUGUGGACUGAGGACUGAAGACUGAAGAUGAUGCAUUCUGUAAUAAAAAAAGAAUGAAAUAGCUAAUCUUGUAAAUAAUGGCAAAAAUAAUCACCAAAAAAGUUAUAUUAGUAACCUUUACAUACUAGUAUAUUGGUUGAUCAAUAUAUACAAGUUUACAAUUGAUGUACAAUAUUUAUUAUAUAUAAAAAAAAUUGUGUAAUUAAA